AAGUGCAGAGUCAUUUCUAUCAACACUGUAGUGAUCCGAGCUCCACAGCUGAAGGGGAAGAGAAAAGAAAAAACAGAUAGUUGACCUGUGUAGAGGUUGGACUUUAAUCCCACAUAACAACAUUUGUGCGCUGACCUUAAGAGGAGUGCAGGAAGUCCCUGUGUGGCGUGUGCUAACUGCUCAAUGAGGAGAAAAUUUCCUAAUAGAGUAGUGUUAAGGCGGCACAGACAAACAAACACUGUUACUGCUGCUUGUUGAAAGAGAAGAAUCAUCCACGUCCACCUUUAAAUACUCUUGUUAGUUUGUCCCAUGUACGUUUAAUAUACUGAUUUAGUUUUACUUCAGGUUAAGUAAAAAUGAUUAUUUUAACAUGUUUACACGCUGAGCCCAGUCGAUUUCCUAUAAAAAUAGUUGCCUGCUCUUAUUUGGACUUUUUCCACAAUGAAAGCUUUGAACCGUUGGUGUUGUGUUGUCAAGAGGAAGUGUAAAGGGAAUUGGUUAGGGCACCUGCUUUGUGCAACCAAAGGACAGACACAUGGUAACUUCCUCCUCGGCAUUUCAACCAACAGAAAAACGGCGUGUCGCUUACAAAACCUCCUCCUUUCUUUCAUAUCGAGCCACAGAGUUUAAUGAGAGAGCGCAUUUGGAGAAGCAUGACCGAUUUGUGGGUUCUCCUUUUCUUUAUCGUGCAUGACUGGCUGUCUUGUGAGCGGAUGGUAAAUGUCAGGCCCGAUACGGACCAAAGCAGCAUGAUGUCCUGAGUCACAUGGGGUAACAUACCUUUUUUUGUGUCUAUGUGUGUGUGUCCUGUUUCUGUGCUUCCAGAGUGUCUGUAUCUGUGUUGACUGGUGCUUGGGGGGUAAAAGCUGAAGACAUUUGGAUCAUGACGACAGAAAGAAACAGCAAAGCCCUGAAGGUGAAGCAGGAAUGUGGCGAGAACGUGCCCUUCCUCUCAGACAGUGAGCUCAUGUCCCUCACGGUACGAGAGCUGAACCUCCACCUGCGCGGCAUGUCCCGCGAGGAGAUCCAGAAGCUGAAGCAGCGGCGUCGCACCUUGAAGAACCGGGGCUACGCCGCCAGUUGCCGGGUCAAACGGGUUUCCCAGCGCGAGGCCCUGGAGCAGCAGAAAAUGGAGCUUCAGAGGGAGGUGGAUAGGCUCGGCGCAGAGAACGCCGGUAUGAGGAAAGAGCUGGAGGGCCUCGGUGCGCGCCUGGCUGCUCUCCAGAGAUUCGCCAGAGGUCUGGAGGCCGGAGGGGGCAACCUGCUGGCCACGGCACCGCGCCUCAACACCGCCUCCGUCAUCACCAUCGUUAAGAGUCCACCACAGCCUCAGCAACAGAGAGAACACGAGCCGUCCUAGAAGGAGCUGCUGGGAACAGACUUGGGGAGGGAUGCACAACCUGCAAUGCAAACACACACUCAUUCUCACACAUGCAUACACCUGCAGGCAUACGUGUACUAUACACAUGCUAAACAAUAGGAAGACAAAUAGGAAAAUUGCUAAAUGCUUGUUUGCGUUGAGCCCCGUUACAUUACGAAGUGCAUCAUUCAGAGCUGCGUGUGACACCAUCAAAACGACAACAGCUACUUUUAGUUUUCUAAAGCCACAGCUGAGAAUUCAUCCAGGACAAGUGGAGGGGUCCUCUACUUCAUGCUAUUUUUUUAUAAUGCUAUAGCUUAGCCGACUGAAAUUUACUCAAGUAGCUUUGUUGAGAAACUCAAGAGCUCAGUUUUGUUCAGAACAAGGCAGCAGGUGUAAUGUGAGCGAGGCGUCGAGCACAGACGCGUGCACGUAUGCACAGGAUCCUCACAACUCGAAACCGUCGACUGACCGGACUCACUGGACUGAAGCCGAACAACCCAAACCAGAGUUACUGUACAUCUCUCACCACUCAGCAAAAAAACCACCAGGGUGGAGCUGACGUAUGCCAUGCGCUGCUUCCUCCAGCUUGACAAACGUCUACAUUCCUGGUACAGUUGUAGUCUGAAGCUAGUUAGUGUUUUCUCACAAGCAGCCCAGGGUCAUGUGUUUCUGUUAGCAUGCAAGAGAAUGUCUCACAGUAUGAAUCACUUGGUCAUUAACGCAGAGUUUCUCAACCUCCGCGUCAUCUGAUAUCCAGGCAGGGGCCACGGGGGAUUCCCCAGACUCCACACUCACAUUCUGACAUUUCCUUCAUUCUUUAAAAAAAAAAAAAUACAGCAGUAUGCCACCCAACAGCCUUCUUAGAUGAGGCCAUGAGGAUUUUGGAAUUUAAAAGGUUUGACACACUCCAGAAAAACGGUUGAGAAACGCUGUGUUCAUGAAUUCAAAACUGUACAUGAAGUGAAAUGUCUUAAUUUUGGGUUUGUCAGUCUCCCUUCCUGUUCUUGCCCUUGGUUUGAGGAGAAAGUUUCAUACUACUUGUGUUCACACUUCCCACAUUACUGCAGUGCCUUCAGUGUAUGUCGGAGUUAUGAGAAUGGAAAUGUCAGAGAGAGAAGGUUGAAAAACAGACUGUAAUCGCUCCUUCUUACCUGUUCACCACCACACAUUUUUCUUUACAAUUCCUCCUGUUAUCCCCCACCACUCGUUUCACAAUCCCUAAUUUUGAUACAGUUUGCUUCGGCUUCCCUCCUUUUUCUAUAUCUGCUAGACUCCCAACAACAGAUGUUGGUCAUUUUGCCAAAAACGUGUCAAAGCGGAGUCGCAUCUGGUCGGUAUUACACACUCAAAAACGAU